AUGGGGGACCUGCCGCGGAAUCGAGUGACACCAGCUCGGCCCUUCCUCCAUACAGGUGUCGAAUACGCGGGACCAAUGUGGCUAAGAACCUCCAAGGGACGAGGACAGCGCGCUACAAAGGCCUUCCUGGUGGUCUUCGUCUGCCUCAGCACCCGCGCCGUCCACCUCGAUGUCGCCUCGGACUAUUCCUCCGACGCCUUCCUGGCCGCGCUGCGUCGGCUCAUCGCUCGCCGCGGGCUGUGUCGAGCCCUCUAUAGCGAUUGCGGCACGAACUUCGUAGGCGCCGACGCCCAACUGCGAGCGCUCUUCGCAGCCAGCGGUCAGGAGGGACAGCUUAUCGCGCGAGGCCUCGCCGCCGAGAGGAUUGAAUGGCACUUCAAUCCUCCGGCGGCGCCCAAUUUCGGGGGACUUUGGGAAGCGGCUGUCAAGGCGGCGAAGCACCACCUGCGGCGCGUCAUCGGCGACACGAAGCUGACGUACGAGGAGAUGGCCACUUUAUUAGCUCAAAAAGAAUCGUGCCUCAAUUCUCGUCCCUUACAGGCCUUGUCGGACGACCUGGAGGCGCUGACGCCCGGCCACUUCCUUGUCGGCACAGCACUCAACGCCGUCCCGGAGCCGUCCCUCGCUGUGGAAGCCACGACGAGAUUAUCCCGGUGGCAGCAUAUUCAACAAUUACGGGACCAUUUCUGGAAUCGGUGGUCCCAGGAGUACCUUCAAUCUCUGACGCACCGGCCUAAAUGGUGUAAAGCCGACGAGGAAGUACGCGAAGGCCGACUGUGCCUCCUAAGGAGCGAAACGACGCCGCCGAAUAAGUGGCCCCUCGCCAGGAUCGACCGCGUGCAUCCCGGGGAAGACGGGGUCGUCCGGGUCGUCGUCGUGCGCACCGCCACCUCUAGUUUUAAGCGACCACUGUCGAAAAUUAUCCUUAGCUCGAGCAACACUACUAGCACAUCCAGAUCCAGCAGCAGAAUUAGCGGUAACAACAGACGCUUCAGACACUGCAAUCGGAGCUGUAGUCCAACAACGAGUAGACGGAGAAUGGCAGCCACUUGCGUUCCUAAGUAA